UACCCUGUGAUAAUUAGCGGCCAGGUCAGUGGUGUCGGAAUUUGGUGAUACAUGGAUAUAUACGUACAAGCGACAGCCGUGACGAAUCGCUGGAAUGCACGAUGGGUCAUACUACUGCUAAAUAUUUUCCGGCAUAAUAUUCACAUGUAUUAAUCAUCAAUUCAAAUACUUAAAGAGUGCACACUUCACAUUUGCCCAUUUUACUUUUAGUUGGAAUACUGGUAUCAGCCAAGGUUAAGCUAUGUACCUCUUUCUUUUCAUAAUAGGAUUCUAUACUAUUUCUCUCGGCAAUGGUCAGCAGCCACAACCAGUCCGAAAUCAAUGUAUGCGAGAAGUCGAACAACUUAGUGCCUCUUGUUUCCAGCGUUCAGGCCUUCCGAUGCUGACCAUUGAUGCUGUGUUGACCAAUGGAACUAUAGCACCGCUACCCGCCAAUUCAAAUAUAAUGGACCUUAGGAAGACAUUAUGUGGAAUAAGAGCCCAAAUAAUACAAUGCAUAGUACCAACAACUUUAAACAUGCGUGGAAAGCCGCCAUGCACAGACAGCGCGGAGUUUAACUUCGCAGAAAAUCAAGUCGUCAGAAGAUUAACGGCAUUACAAAACGCUUGUGGUGCAGGUGUAAUGCCACAGGCAAACUCUUGUAUGCGAAUGCUGGACAGAAACAUGCAGCAGUGUUAUACAACAGCGGGACUCAGUCCGAGCAUGUUUGGCUCCAACGAAACGGAUAUCAAGGGUGCCAUCAUAGGAAAGGACAAAGAGGCGGCAGCCAGAUUCUGUGGAGUACGAAGUACCUUAUUUUCGUGUAUGCGGAACGUGAUUGACGGAUGUGAAGGAGCCAAUGAAUAUAUGUUGCUGACUGGUUAUGACCACGCCUCCAUGGAAGCCAGCAUCGAUCUGCUUUGUGGAGACAUUGAUGUGUAUGUGGAAGGAUUGGUGUGUUUCCAGAAACCCAGCGAGGCCGUGCAGAAAUGUUUGGACACCAUGUCCGCCAGCAUGGUGGACCUAGCCGCCCGGCAAAUCCAGCAGAACCUAGAUAUGGAAGCUUUCUUCUCAGAGUAUUGCAAAGUGCGUGUGGACCAUUUAAGCUGUGAUAUGGGUGCAUGGAAACAGUCGUGCAGUAAAGCAGGUGUGGGACUGAAGAACGAGUUUGAAUGUACAAUGCUGCCUUCUACCUGCCAGAAAGACAUCACCCUGCAAAACAUACUCAAAGACAAUGUGUGUAAUACUACAGCCUUCUAUAAAGAGUUUCGUCAACCUCCUGGAAGAGGUUCUGGAUCCAAGCUUAGUCUGUCUAUAGUGUUAGGAUCUCUAGUGACCUUAUUGUUUGUCAUGGUAUUUUCCUAACCUUUAUAAGAAUAAGAUCAUUGCAUAAUACUGUUUGAGUGCUUUAUUGUACAUACCUUUCCGGAUGUUUUUUUUUUUAUCAUUUUGAUGACAAUAUAUGAUUGUACAUAUCGGGGUAAUAAUAGUUCAUUGUAUAAAGAAAUCGUAAGGUGCCUCCCAGAAUUGAGGAUUUGGAGACUGGAAUUAUUUGAAUGUCUUGGAUGAACCCAAGCAAAAUACAGCAAAAAACCAAAUAGAUAAGGAAUCGA